AUGACAGCGCUGUUCAGUGUACCGUUGUCAAUUAUUCUGGUGCUUUUAAUUUUUAAAGGAAAUAUAAGAUGUUUUUUUCAUCGUAAACUUAAUGUUGACGAAUUGAAGAAUAUGAUUGAUAAUAAGGAAAUGUUUAUGAAUUUAAAAGUGUUAGAGAAAAAUAUAAUCACCUCGUUACAUUCUGAUGAAUUGAAAGUACCUAUAGUAACACCUGAAAAUGUGUCCUAUCUGGGAGACAUGUCUAAUUUCAAAAUAAUAAAAAUAAACUCUGAGGGUGGAAUUAGGGAUAUAUAUAUAAUACCUCGUCCAGAUGCUACUGCAAAUGAUUUGAUCAAAUACGAGCAUAUCACAAAAGAGCAACUUAUAAAAUCAUACACUUUGGAAAAGUCGGAUUUAGUUAAGAGGAAGAUUAUAAUUAUACGGACCCUAAAAAUAAUUAAACUUAUGUUAACCCCUAUGAUUGCGUAUAGAAAAACACAAGAUUUAAAGGAAUCGCUCACGCGAAUAAAUGCAAUAUUCCAUUACAACAAUGAUUUGUUUAAGAACGACAUUUCUAAUACAUAUAAUGACGAAUAUUUUAGAGGCAUCAUAAACCACAUUAAUGAAUUAAAGAAAAUGGACCCAAAGAGCAACGCAUAUUCGUCUACCAUAUUGAACAAUGCCAUCUUUGAUGUAAAGCGUCCCAGUGAUUUACUUUUUACCACCAAUGACGAUAUUAGUUUUAUGGCUGACUUGGAUAAAAUAUCGAACAGCUACGGAAUUUCGAUAUUCCAUUUGGUGGGCUCCCAUCUGAUAGCGUUAGGAUAUUUUGUUGUCCUUAAACUAGCUCUCAAGAAAUUUCAGAGUUAUUUCGUGCAUGGAGAAUUAAGGUUUUUUAGCUGGCAAAAAAUUUUACAAUAUAAUGUGUCAGAUAGGUUUAGGCUACUUGACGCGAUGUGCGACGCCGAUGGGGUUAUUUAUUCAGACAAGAAGCGAAGAAAAAUCUACUUAAAGAAAAACAAAAACUCCUCAUCGGAAGAGUGCAUCAUAUUGGAGUUCCUAGUUCAUCACUUUAACAAAUACCAAAUGGAGCUCAUCACAAAUAUAUACCAAGAGGACUUUAAAACGCAGGUGCUGCUAGAGCACACACACAUGAAGGAUGAUUUUUUAAAAUUUAUGUGCAACAGUAUUUACUACUGUAAUGUAUACAAUAGUUCUCCUUUUAUAAGGGAGGGCAUCAAUCUGACUCCCUUGAGCAACCGCCCUUUCUACUUUAGGAGAAUAAACCCGUUCAACUUGUACACAAAUUAUUUCAACUUUGUAAUGCGGUACAAUCAUUUCACGCCGAAGAAAAUUUUAUACAUGCAUUUUUUAAACCUGAUUGGAAUUUUAAAUAACGAGAGUAAGGCUUACGUAACUUCACUGCACCUACCAGGAUAUUACAACGCUAUUCAGUUGGCCUUUGAUGACACUUCCAGCAUCACCGACCUAUUCCGCAAUUUGAUAGAAUGCAUCCGCGGGUGUAUUUCCCCACGCAAAAAGAAAAGGGCAUCAAAGGCUAAAUACCAAUUCGUUUACGAACAGUUGAGAAUGGCAAAGUGCGACAUGUGUAAAGGAACCUUCAUAUAUAUUAAUAAAAAACAUGAGGAAAACCCAUCCAUGCUACAAAAAUAUUACAAUUACGUCGCAAACGUUGUCAAAAUAGAUAAUGUGAGCACGCUAAUAAGAAAUGUGGACAUUUACGAGGAUUACGAUAACUUUUUGACGAACGAUAUUAAUUGGUACACGUUUUUGUUGCUCUUUAGACUUACUUCCUACAAGGGCAUUGUCAGUAAUAAUGUAGCAGAAGCCAUGUAUUUGAGUUUAAAAAGGGAAGACAGCUUUCACCUAACAGUUACCACAAGCUACUGGUUUCCUUCCGCUUUGAAAAAAGCUCAUACAUUGUAUGUCAGGAGAAACAUUCCCUUCAGCUUAGUAGAAAAGCUAGAAAAUAUGCUAAGUAGCACCUCCAUAGAGAAAAAGAAAAAAAGCAUCCGAUUCAUGGUGCACGUGAAUUCUUACUUACAGUUGGAUUUUUUUAGCUACCUGAAUGAACCCCCAGUUGGGGAGAUGCGUCCCUUUGCAUUGUCCAUAAUGAUUGAGCAUAAAUUUAAGGAGUGGUACGAUCAUUCUCAGAUUGGUUAUUUCUUCUUAAAUUAUGAUAACGAGUUUGCAAGAAAUCGGAUGAGAGACAACAUAAAGUCCGGAAAUUUUGUAGCUCCAAAAUAUCAGAAGUGGAAUUUAGUGCUAAAAAGAUACAUAAUGAGAGCAUACGAAUCGUAUUUCGAACAAAGGAACGUAAAAAAUUUAUUCAAGUAUCAUAAUUUUUACAACAUAAGUAAAAGAAUUUUGCUAAUGAAGGACUGCUACGAAUUAUAUUCAAAGCAUUAUAAGGACAUGAUUUUUCUGGCGGAUAUAUUCAAUAUAAGAAAAUACUUAUCGUCUACCCCUCCUACAAAGCUUCUACUAGAUAGAACAUUGUAUUAUAUGCAUUCGAUUGCUGGGAAUUCUUUAGAUUUCUAUAGGUAUGGCAUCAUAUACGGAUUCACAAUGAAUGAAAAAUGUUUUAAAGAAAUUGUGGACGAAUUAUUUGGGAUAUUUAAGGCGAACAGGAAUAUUUUCUCGGACAUUUCCUUUUUGCAAGCGGUCUAUUUUUUGCUUAGAAAAAUUGAGAACAGCUUCGGUGUGCAGCGGAGAAACGACGAAAUGAGCUUAAGCAACAUCUUUUUCUUCAAUGUAUCAGAAAAUUACUCAAAAAUGAGCAAGGAAGAAAGGGAAGAAGAAAUACACAACUCCAUGUCGUCAAAAUUCUUCGCCAAAACAGUGUUUACCAUGUUUCAAAUGAUUUUUUCCAUGAAAUUAAGUAAUAAUGCAAGCACGCUUGAUAAGAAGUAUGGAUCAGCAAAAAUGAUUGGAAUCUCGUUGCACGAAACCGCAUUUUUUAAAGCUGCAUAUGCUUAUUAUGGAAGUAUACUGGAUAAUGUGAAGAACAGCUUUUUACCUCCCUAUGCCAAAAAACCUAUUAUUCAAAUAAAAUAUGGAAAAACAUUUAUCUUCGCAAACUUAUUUCUGUUAUGUUCAAAAAUGUACACCAUAUUGAAAUUAAACAAUUUAAGCAUUUUAUGUGAAAACCAGGCUAUAGCUAGCCCUAACUAUUAUUCUUCCGAAAAGGUGAUUCAGUAUAUUAAUAGAAAAUAUAUAGGCAUUAACUUAACCUUUUUUGUAAAGAGGAUUCAAAAUGUUGGCACCCAACCGAACGAAUUUGAAUUUAUUUACGAUAAGUUACUCUGGCCAGAUGUUGGCAAACCUAUGGGUAUUCUAACUGCCUAUGUGACUUCUAAUUUGUUUGUCAGUUCUGGAAGUGUGUUCCCCGAAAGUUUUUUUGGAAGAAUCGGGAAUCAAAUAAAGCAAGGUUUAAGCCUAACUAGGGGACUUCCCGAAUUUUUGAAGAAAAAGCCAAUCGUGCAUUCGCUUAUUAAAAAGACCUUUAUGGAAGUUAUUAAUGGGUUACUGUGCACCAUAUUUUUAUUUAAUUUUAUGCGCAUGUAUGCCAUAUACCAGACGUUCGUUUAUAUCUUUGUGAACAACAUCAGGGUGCUACACCGAUUUUAUCGAGUAGUGGAAUACUAUGCUUCGAAUCUUGUUAAGGUGUAUUUUAGAAGAUACACAACGGAUAAACUCUUAAAAUUGGUAAAUGAAAAAUUAAGAAGUAUCGAAAGGAGGGGCUACAUGGAGGAAUCAAUGAAUGCUAGAGUGAAAUACAAAAUUGAUAGGGACACUAAUAUGCUGUCCAAUUUUCGAGGGAAUACAUCCAUGUUGUCUCCCCAGAUAAUAGACAAUUUGCUCAAAAAUGCAUAUUCAUUUUACGUAGAUGAUGCUUCCUUUUUUGACGAUUUGGGGGAAGAAGAGAAAUUUUUAAAUGACAAGUAUUACAUUUCUACAAAUUAG